CUCAAUGUCCUGAGUUCAAAUUCCACUACUGGCACAAAAGAUGAAGACAUCUAGACAUGAAAUGUGGGCAAUGGUAGCUUUAAACCAUGGAAACAGAAAAACAUACGAAUGGGAAAAUUACAUAUUUAAGCAAAAAGGCCAGACUUACAAACCAUUGGUCUCGAGACUCUGGUCUCAGCCAAGAGAAGUAUGGGUGCCUCAGUCAAAGCUGUAGACACUGGAUCAGUGGCAAGCCACCAACCAACCAUCUCAGAGAUUUGUCCAAAAAGAAACCUAGGAAAUCACAAGGCAACUCAGGCAAGUGUGCUAAUGUGUCAGCCCUGACCCUGAAUGUGCCAUGCCAUAUAUGGAGCCCGGAGGCAGGCCUGCUGGGCAUGCUGGUGAUGAACCUGGUCCCUGCCUACCAGAAAGGCGAUCUCUUCUAUGUUGGAAACUUCCUCCACAAUUAUAGACAGUGGGGGACAAUGGAGCAAGUGCUGGAUAUUGUGUUCAAAAAGUACAGAUUCCCGGGCCGUAACUCUGAGGAAGAUGGACAAGCAAAGAACAGCCUUUGUUCCAUCUUCACCAUGUGGAUGGACUGCUAUCCUGCAGAUUUCCGAGAGCCCCAGAACCGACACCCAGUAAAAGAACUUACCCACUAUGCCAUGCUCCACAUGCCCUCCUCAGAUCUGGUCCUCCAUCUCCACAUUUAUCUGGAUGAGCUGGAGAAGAGCGGGAGGAAUGAGACCAAGACACAGAGGAAGAAGUCCCUGUGUGGUCACUUCAGAGCUUGUGAGUAG